AGAAGUUUGCGCAUGGUUUAAGGUUCAAGGCUCCUCUGCUCCUCAAAAUCGUAUUUUUAUUUUGUUGCUUGUCCACCAGUUCCGCUCCCUCAAAAAAAAGAACAAUUACAUUUCAAUUUAUUUUACAAAGAAGAAACACAGAGAAAGAGGAAAAAAAUAAUUGGGAAAAAAGAAAAUCACUUUGGAAUGUGUUGAAGCCAAAAGGGGAAAAUACCUUGAAGGAUUUUGUUAUGCAGUUUGGCGCCUGGUGUUCUGAUAAUUUAUUAAACAUUUUUUUUUGUUUUGUUCCAAUGGUGAAUUAGAGAUCUCUUUGAUAUUUUCUUUGGGCGACUUUGCAAUAGAGGAAAAAAAAAGAGGAAGCCUAGGCAGAAAGCCAAAGAAAAUCAAGUUGAUAUCGGCUCAAGGAAAAUUGUCUUGGAGGAUAUUUUGGUUUAUGUUUGUCGUUUUCUCAACAGAUUGUUUCCUGAAGGGAUUUUAUUUUUAAUUCUCUCUCCUCAGGACUGGUAAUGUGGGGGAAGAAAGCGGACAGUUUCAUCUUCCCGUGAUAUCAUCGAGUUAAAAGGAAAUAUAAAUAUAUAAAAGGAGUUUGAAUAUGAUAUAAAAGAGAAGGAAAUGAGGGCUUUCUUGCACUGGGGACUUUGCAGUGAAGCCACAAGCUUUACAACUCCAAUGUGAUUUCCAGAGCUUUUUUUUUUGCAGAAGAAGGAGAUUGAGGAAGAUUUCUUCUGCUGUGGAAAAAUUAAUCCUCCAAAGACAAAAUAAAGGAGAGGGGAGUUUUUUUUUCCACCUUGUUCUCCCCAACAAUCUCACCAAAAAAGACUUUGUGGACACAGGGGUUGAAAAGUACAGUUAUUCCCCCACCCUCAUGGACAUAAUGAAGGAUUUGUUCCAAUGUAACUGCCAAGAUCACUUUAUUUAAUAUUUGUUCAGAGACGAUUCAAGAAAAUUUCAUUUUGGGGGGUGCCUAAAAUAGUUGUUAUUCUUUGAGAGAUUACUUUUUUUAAAAACUGCCAGUUCGAAGUGCUCUCCCAAAAACAACUUUUAAUAGGCUUGCUCUACAUCCCUGAGUUUUAUUUUAGUUUUUAUUCAAUUGUAUCCAAGGCCUGUGUGUUUGUGGGGAACGUGGGUUUUGAUUUUGAACUGCACCAGGAGGAUUCCAGUUCCAGGAUGGGGAGGAAGACUUUGAUAUCAGCCAUGGUGACCCUCUUCAUCCUGGCCAAUAUUGGCCCAACAGAACCAAAAGUUUGUCAAAGCAUUGAUAUUCGAAACAACAUUACACACUUGCAGCAGCUGAGAAACUGCACCGUCAUCGAGGGAAAUCUGCAGAUCCUGCUGAUGUUUGGCACCAAACCCGAGGAUUUCCGUGGUCUGAGUUUCCCAGAGCUCACAAUGAUCACGGAUUACCUGCUCCUCUUCCGCGUCUACGGUCUCGAGAGCUUGAAAGAUCUCUUCCCGAACUUGACUGUGAUCCGUGGGACGAGGCUCUUCUUCAACUAUGCUUUGGUGAUAUUUGAGAUGCUGCACUUCAAAGAGAUUGGUCUGUACAACCUGGUGAACAUCACCCGGGGCGCAGUGAGGAUUGAGAAGAACCCAGAGCUCUGCUACCUGUCCACCCUUGACUGGUCGAAGAUUCUGGACUCGGUGGAGGACAAUUACAUAAAGUCCAAUAAAGAUGACAGAGAAUGUGGUGACGUGUGUCCAGGCGCCUUGAGGGGGAAAAGCGACUGUGCCCAGACUGUAUUCAACGAUCAGUUUAACCAUCGAUGUUGGACAAGUGAACACUGCCAAAGAGUAUGUUCCUCCGAGUGCCGUCGAAAAGCCUGUACCCCCAGUGGCAAGUGCUGUCAUGACGAAUGCCUGGGCAGUUGCACGGAGCCUGACAAUGCAGCAAAGUGCGUGGCAUGUCGACGGUACUACUACAAUGGUGUCUGCAUCCCCGAUUGCCCGCCCGGCACCUACAAGUUUGAGGGCUGGCGCUGCGUCACCUUCUCCUUCUGUCAGAUGCUGCACAAUGAAUGCAAACCUUCCAAGGAGACUGAGUGCACCCGAUAUGUCAUCCACAACGGAGAGUGCAUGCCUGAAUGUCCUUCGGGAUAUAUAGUGAAUUCAUCCAGAAUGAAAAAAGAUAAAAGCAUCCUUUAUGUACAGUCCGGUGAUGAAUUGAAGGACGUUUCUAACAUUGCAGCAGAGUUGGAAGCAAACCUGGGCCUCAUCGAGGUGAUCAGUGGGUACCUGAAGAUUCGUAGCUCCUAUGCUUUGGUGUCGCUGUCAUUCUUUCGUAGCCUGAGGUUGAUCCAAGGUGAAGCUCUGGAACCUGGGAAUUACUCCUUCUAUGUAUUGGACAAUCAGAACCUACAGCAACUGUGGGAUUGGAAGAAGCACAACCUGACCAUCUCCCAGGGCAAGAUGUUUUUUCACUUCAACCCCAAGCUGUGUCUAUCCGAAAUCUACAAGAUGGAAGAGGCUACAGGGACUAAAGGCCGGCAGGAGAAAGUGGAUAUUGCUCAGAAAACGAAUGGAGACCAGGCAUCCUGUGAAAGCCAGCUCCUGAGGUUUGUUUCCAAUAAAACGGGGACGGAUAAAAUUAUGUUGAAAUGGGAGCCAUACUGGCCACCGGACUUCAGAGAUCUCUUGGGUUUCAUGGUAUUCUUCAAGGAAGCCCCUUAUCAGAACGUGACAGAGUUUGAUGGACAGGAUGCCUGUGGGUCAAAUAGCUGGAAGGUUGUUGAUGUAGAACCCCCUGGACGGUCAGAAGGGAAGCUCCAGAACCCGGGCACUCUGCUUCGUGGCCUCAAACCCUGGACGCAGUACGCAAUCUUUGUGAAGACCUUGCUCACGAUAAGUGACGAGCAGCACGAUCAUGGAGCUAAAAGUGAGAUUGUCUACAUCCGCACCACAGCAGGCACUCCUUCAGUCCCAUUGGACCCCAUAUCUGUGUCCAACUCUUCUUCCCAGAUCAUUCUAAAGUGGAAGCCUCCAACAGAUCGCAAUGGGAAUAUCACCCACUACCUGGUGUUCUGGCAACAGCAGCCAGAGGACAGUGAACUGUAUGAGUUUGAUUACUGCCAGAAGGGUUUAAAGUUGCCAUCACGAGCGUCUACAACACAUGCUGAUGCCGAGGACAACCAGCAGCGAAACCAGACCGAUGCGAAUCACAUCCCUGGUGAAUGCUGUGCGUGUCCAAAGACUGAAUCGCAGCUUAAACGAGAUGCAGAGGAGGCUGCCUUCCAGAAGACAUUUGAAAACUACUUGCACAAUGAGGUUUUUAUGAUCAGACCUACACCUCAAGAGAGUGGUACUAAGGACAGUAGACCCUCGCGAAAACGUAGGGAACUGAGAAUCUUUUCAAACAGCAGUGCUCAGGAAGUGACCACGUCCAGCUCCAUAGGCAAUGUGUCUGCUACAAAAUGGCCAGAGGAGGAAUAUCCAAAAUUAUUGGAGAAGGUGUGGAUGAAAGAGUCCCUGGUAAUCUCCAACUUGCGCCAUUUCUCAGGAUAUCGAAUUGAAAUCCAUGCAUGCAACCAUGAAGUGGAAACUGGAGGAUGCAGUGUUGCAGCCUAUGUCAGUGCAAGGACCAUGCCUGAAGCAAAUGCUGACGACAUUGUGGGUCCAGUCACAUAUGAGGUAAUCAAUAAAGUGGUUCAUAUCAAAUGGGAGGAGCCAAAGAAUCCGAAUGGUCUCAUUGUGUUGUAUGAAGUCCUUUACAAGCGUCUUGUAGACUCUGAGGUGGUGCUGUUGUCUUUUGGAGUUGUGCUUUGGGAAGUCAGCACUCUAGCAGAACAGCCAUAUCAAGGACUGUCAAAUGAACAGGUUCUUAAGUUUGUUAUGGAUGGAGGCUUUUUGGAUCGACCAGAUAACUGCGCAGAUCGAUUACAUACCCUGAUGCAGAUGUGCUGGCAGUACAAUCCAAAAGCAAGGCCCACUUUCUUGGAGAUCAUCGAGAUGCUGAAGGACGAUCUUCACCCGAGUUUUCAAGAUGUCUCCUUCUACUACAGCGAGGACAACAAGCCACCAGACACAGAGGAGUACGACAUGGAUUUUGAGAACAUGGAAAGCAUUCCACUUGAUCCGUCUUCUUACUCACAGACAGAGACCCCCCUGAGUCACAGCCGGGACAAUGGCCCCACCAUGGGUCUCAGAGGCAACUAUGAUGAACACAUACCAUACACACACAUGAACGGAGGGAAGAAGAACGGGCGAAUAUUGUCCUUGCCAAGGUCAAGCCCUUCAUAACAUUUCUUUUACCUCCCAUUUCUUUCUGAAUUUUAGUUGUUGGGCCCUUAGAACCUUGGGACCCAAUUAAGGCUGCCACAGUUUGCUACACAAGGAAAGGACCUUUGCCUUUGUUUAAAAAAAAAUAUUUUUUUCUGCCAAGUGGCUGGUUAUAAAUGAAUCAAACUGUGAAGAAACAAAACACGCAUUCUCUAACAGUAGAAACAUGUACACAUACACAUUGUGCCUACAUACAUGUACAGACAUAACAUUGCGCAAACGUGUGUGCACGCCCAUACAGUUCAACACCUGUAAACAGUUUUAUAUUCUGAUACAUUGGCACGAUUGCACAUGCACAAGCGCUCACACAGAACACACACGUGUACAUAGACACGCACACACUUACACGUGUGUACAUAGACACACAAAAACAAAAUCAUAUCAGUGAAGCAUUUCCAAGGCUGCUAUCAACAUUGCUGUGGUUCCUAGCCAGGAAGUGACCUUUUGAACUUUCAUCUGUGGAGUGCUUGAGGCUGAGAGGUUUAAGCCCAAUUUUUGGGGGAAAACAAUUUCCUUUUAGAAAGAAAGGUUAAGCGUGAAAGUAUCUACGGUAUAAAAUGACAAAAAGUCCAAUUUCAUUUUCCUGAAGUGUGAACUUUUUAACAGUGGGAUUCUUGCGGAACACAAACAAGAAAGUAAAUCUGAAUCUUCUACCAAAUUCCAAAACCCUAACACUGAUGUAUAAUUCUAAAAACAGAAAAUCACAGCUAGAGGUCAUUUUAGAUGCAAUGGUUGGGUAACAGUUUCUCAGACCAAUAGUUGCUGUUUUCUCUCGUCUAUGGGUUUUAAAAGACAAAUCCUGUACUUGUAAUGUUUUUUUGUACAUAAUUGAUGUUUGUUGUAUUUUCUCCACCAGGAACAGCUUUGCAAUAAUCAAGAAGUGUGUUUCUGGGGACCAGUAGUCCCAGAGGCACAAUUUAUUUUUGUAAAAUGUGGACUAGCAUACCAGAAUUUACCCCCCACCCUCCCAACUUCCCUGAUGUUUGAGGGACAUUGCGUCAGGAAACAAAAUAUCUACAACUAACAAAACUCUGGGUUUCAGAUUCUGCUUUAGGUUUCAUCAGAGCUCUCUUGAAAGUUUUAUUGUUGUGGCUUUUGAGACGAGGCAAGGCAAGUCAGUGAGCUCAACAGCAAGACCAAUAGGAAAUGAUCUGGUCUUAAGAUCAUCUCUAUGCCUCACCGUGUUGAAGGGGAUUAGAUGAGCAGGAGGAAAUGGUGAAUGUUCCAAGAAGAAUUCUGCCUCUAUUUGAGUUGGUAGAGUGAGGACAGGAAGGUGCAAAAAGCUGGAAGAGAUUAAUUAGGCAGAUUUUGGAUAUGAUGUUUCAGGUGUUUGCAAGUGAAAGCUGUGGUUCACCUAGGAUUGGAAGCGUGAGCCAAGGAAUAGCUAAUGUGCCAUAUUUUCAUAACUGCAGUGCACGUCAAAUGGCAAAAACUCAAUUGCCUUUUAAGCUCCUUUUCUCACUCAUUCAAGACUGCAGAGAUACAAUUCAAGUUAGAGCAGGAUUUGGGAGGAGGAUUAGGUCAGGAUGAGGGUAACUUACAACUGCUAUUUUGAUACCAACGUAAAAUCAACGCAGACCAGGAAUAAACUAGUUGCCUGCCCUUUAUUCUCAAUGUAUGUUUAAUUGGAUUGGAAGAUAGCAGAGAACAAAGGUGGGAGGACCAACUCUAAUCUUAAACUUGUGAGAGGGAGAGAGAGAUAUUUGGAAUUACAUUGCAUAAUAAUUGGAGAAGGAAUUAUUGUGGUCCCUGAUAUGUUUGUGUGUUGUUAGGCUAAAAUCUGAAACCACAGAGAAUUAAUUGAUCAUUUGUUCUGUCUAACGUACAGGUCAACUCAUGACUUGUAAAUCUUGUGUCGUGAUCAAUAAUCUGCUAUCCUGACAGACAUCAGGGAAAAAAAAAUGUCAUGGGUUUGUGCAAAGUACACAAAGCCCAGUGACGCUUAAGCUUUUAGACACAAAAAAAAUCAAAUUUAUCUGUAUUCCUCACACUAAAAUUGAUUUUGUUUUUGCCUGAACUCCCUGUUUGUGUUAGGGAGCAGAGGGGUUCAGCUUCUGUACAUACCAACCCAAGAUCUCUAAAUCCCUCUUCUCCACUGUCCCUUGCCCACCACCUAGAAGUGGAGGGGAACUGGGGACAAACUGAAAUGAGAGAGAUUCCUGGCUUGUGUCCCCUGUCGGUAAUGGAGGAGGAACUUGUGUUCCUUCAGCCAGUGACAAGCACAUGUCUGUUGGAAUAAUAAUUUUAAAUGGAAAUUGAAUGAGAUGUUGAGAGAGAUUUAAAAUAAAUUGUGAGGCUGUAGGGGUAGAUCAGAAGAAAGGACCUGACUGGGCUGCUCUACAGGGGGUCAGCACAGACUCUGGGCAGAAGGGUACUUUCUGUUUUGCUACGUUUGUUCCCUUGUGAGUUUAGCCUAGUAGAGUUGGGCUGGAGGGGAUGAUGUGUUUGCUAGAAAUACAAACACACAGGUGACUAGUUGAGGCUCAGAAAACCUACAAGAGCCCAUCCAUGCAUUCGAUACAAAGAUGUAGGAAACAACUGUGCAGGCAGAACAGGGUGGAGCAGAAGACAAGGUGAAAACUUUUAAUGUAAAUAAGACUGAUGAAGUGCCAUAUGCUUCUUGUAUCAGUAUUUGUGCUUUACCUAAUACCCAAGCUCCAUUGAUAGCUUGUGCCGUGACUGUGCUACAGCAAUGCCUCCCUCUGUUUUAGUGGAUAACUAUCCUGCUGCUGCUCAACACAGAGCUUGCCUGUCUCCACAACCCUUUAUAAGUCCUUUGGAAUUGUGCGAUGGAAGCUCUUGCCCGGCCAAAAGCAGGGAUUAGGGAAAAGGGAGCCUGUAAGUGAGCAAAUAUCGACUGGCAAUGCACACUGUGCAUAGAGUCUGGGCUGAAUGGCCUCAUUCUGUGUUGUAAUGUCUCUCAUGGCUCCAGAUUGACUGGCUCACAUAGUGUUUGAAAAAUCUGACCAGAUGAUUCCAACCCAAGCUAUUUACCCACUUCAAUCAUUGAGAUGUUUGUUUUCUCUACAUGAUCAGGUUUAAACUUGUCUUUUUGCCAAGCAGAAGGUUAUAUUUUCCCAACCCACCACCCCCACCCCCCCCAGAUUCUAUAGAUUGAAGUGGGGUUUAAUUCACCAUGGGGUUUCUGUAAAUUUUAAGCUUCAGUAACAUCGGUCUAUGUUGAAAUAUCCCAUCCUUAAGUGAAAAAUAUGACAGUCAUCAGUAACUCACUGUUGUUUCCAUCAGGAGCUGUUUAAUAUAAAACAAAAAUAGCUUGUGUUGUUCAGGUCUCCACACUCCAUAGCCUCCAGUAAGCAUCCAAGCGAACACUUUAAUUCUUAUUUUCCAUGGCUGUAGUCAGAUUCCAUCCCAAGCUCACUGCUGGAAGGAAUGGGCGCAGGAAGUGUGAAGUGAUCACUGUGCUUACAGGAUGCCCUAUUUGUCUUACAGCGGUAGACCUGAUACCAGCAAAACAUAUUCUGCACACUGCUGCCUGACCUGGCUCCCUAAUCGAUAAUCUGACAAGGCUUACUUAUUGAAAUGUAGUCUCAAUUGAACAAAAUUAUUGGUCACAUCCAUAAUAAUAUCUUGCCUCCAUCUGCCUUCCUAACAGCGCCAUGAGUGUAGAUACAGCUUACGGACUGUAGUAUUUCAAGGUGACCAUCAUCUUCUCAAGGGCUGGUGGAAAUGGACAAGGCAUACUGACCUAGCCAGAUAUAUGUGAAAUGGAAUAAAAUUACAGACAAUGUGUAUAAAGUGGGAACUGCAGAGCUGUGGCAUUGGGAGAGUGUGAAGCAGGGUCCGAAUGCAGCUAAGGCAAAUAACCUGGUACCGUAAAUAUUGCAGGACAACCAGUCAAGUUGCAGCUUGUUGCAAAGAGUGUUUUACUGCUUAUUGUGGCUCAUUCUCAUUUUUUCACAUUUCUGCAGUUUGUUUGGAAGGACUUGCCAUGUCCUUUCUCUCUAACCCUAACCCAUGAUAACAGUGACCCAGCUAGCCCGUCAGUUCCAUUUCAUUCAUGAAGGAUCAGCUGGGAAGCCCACAUGGAGGGUGUUGGGGACCAGAGGCAAAAAAACUGGAACUCUACAAAGGACACUGAAUACUAAUAUGUCAGUGAAUGCUGGAUUUACUGGCUGAGUCUGACAUCUAAUUCACAUCCCUGGUUGUCCUUUGACAAAUCCCACAGUUCCCUAUCACUGUCCAAAGAUGUGCAAGCUAGCUAGAUUAGCCAUGUUAAAUGUGGGGUUACAGCGGGGUCUCGGUGGGAUUCUGUUCAGAUUCAGUGGACUCUAUCUACACUACAGGGAUUCUAUGAUUCUUGUGCUGAUGGUGAUGUGCCCUUGGCUUGAGCUGCAUUGGUCCAAAUAAUGAAGUUGUUGCCACAAGUGCUGUCUGUUGAGGAAUUCAGGAGGAGGAGGAAUGUAGGUAUGGAGCUGAGGGAAUGGGGUUGGUUUUGGUGUGGGGCUGGGGUUGAUGUUAUGCCAAUAGGGUGGAAGUCAAUCAUCACAGCCACAUGCCCCCAGAAAGCUGAAGGGAGAAGGGUGGUUGAUUUCUGCAUGUGUUACAUCAACUGAGCAACAUCUGUUGAGUAGAGGUAUGGCUUUCCCCUUAGCCAUUGUUGUCAAGAUUUGAAACCUGAAUCCCAGAGGGGAGGAUGGAGUAGACGAAAGGAUAGGGACAAGUGACUCAAAGCCAGAAAGGACGAGGUAGGGCAGGAUGGUUUUCAAGUGUAUAAUUGUGCUGCCUUUGGGUGGGGGAUGGGGGUUAAGUCUACGGUUAAUAGUGAGUGGGGGGAAUAAUGAGCUUAUUAACAGAUUUUGCUUUGUAAAUAGUGUGAAGUCGUUCGCUCUUAAGGUGCCUAUAUCUCUGUGUAGCAUAUGAAUUAUCUAGUAGAAACCAAGACAGCCCCUCACUCUAAUAUACAUCUAGUGGCUGUCUCACACUACAAUACCGGAGAGAAAAUUCACACACUUUUGUAAUUCUGAAGAUUUUCUUAUAUUCAAAAAAAUUAAUAUUUUAUUUAUUUUUAUUAAUGUUAUAGAGAUCACUGUACAGAAUCCCAAUUUACAGUCUACACAAAACAAAAACAAAAAAAAGGGUUUAGGGUUUGAAAAUGUAUUGUUGCUGAUGAGAAAAUGGGGAGAAGGAUGUGGUGCGAUGUAAUUCUCUGGGACAAUCUACCUCAGUGUUUCUUUCAGAUAUUAGUAUAUGUGCUCCUCUCAGUAUUUCACAGUAUUCUCUUCUGGGUCUAAAUGCGUUUAGAGUUUGUUCCCUUCCCAUCUAUCUCUUCCUUUCCACCUUCUCUCCCCCGGAAGGCUGACUGACCACCAAUGUAAUUGACAUCCGCCACAUUUCACUUUGCAUUUGCAGAGUCGCCUCCUUGUAUUUUUUAAAAACCUACAUGUUCAAAUUGGAAAUUGAGGGAGGUGGGUGAGAGAAGAGUAAGGAGCUGAGCGAUAACAAAACACAGGGAAAGCAAAAUGCCCCAGAAAUUAGAUGUAAAUAUACUUUUUUUUUAAAAACACAUGUAAUUGUCAGACCCCUUUGGCACAGAAAGCAGCUGAUUUUAGGGUUUCCAUGAUUGAAUCAGAAUGUGGCAAAGUAAGAUUCAUCCCUGUGAUUUGUUUUGUUCUUAGAAAUUGUAAGGAUUCGGGUUGGUUUUUAUUAAACAAAUCAGCAUAUGAGUUAUAUUUUAAUAUAAUUCCAGAGAGCAAAUUCAGAACAAGCCACUCUGUCCAAGGGCGGCUAGGGAUGGCCAACCUGUGAAAAAAAAAAAUAAAAAGAGACAAACAGGAAUUGCUGGAGAAACUUAGCAGGUCCAGCAAUAUCUGUGGGGGGGGAGAGAAACAGAGUUUUGAAGUUCUGAGUCCAGUGUGAUUCUCUUUCAGACUCCAAGUCUGUUUCUCUCCCCACAGAUGCUACCAGACUGGUCCUUUCUGUCUUUAUUUCAGAUUUGUACAAUCUGGUUUGAAAUUGGAGAGCCGUAAAUCUUAGCUGGUUUGGGAGAGUAAAUUACUCAUUAAACACAGAACAAAAGAUGGGUGUGCGUUUAUAGAUGCUCCACUGCUGACAAGGUACUUCUUUUUCUUAAAAAAAAGUCUAACAUGAGCAAAGGGAAUAAAUUAUACUUUAGCAAUAAAAGAAGUCUGAGCUUUGACAAUUAUGUAGCAGCAGACAGUGGUGAUCAGUCAGCUGUCCAUACUCCAGCCUGUGCUGUGAUCUCCAACAGCUCCAGCAGCGAAGGAGAGGGUGUUAGUGUUCAUCUGUUGAUUCUGUGAAGCAGAAAAUCCAUACAAAGUAUGCGUGUUUGUGUAUUUGUCAAUAGACACAACACGUGCCUACAACUGAACAACACCAGAUGAUACAGCAUUGUUCCUCUGCAAAUUAAAUUAUAUUCUGAAGUGUGUAUUAAGACUUGCUCCAAAAAUCCUUCUCUUUUUUUUUCAUUGCUGCUAUGUACCCUUGCUCCAGAUUUACAGCCCCACUAGCAGGACUUGUUCAGAUUUAUUUUUUGGUCCAACCAGCUCUGCUAACGAAAUAAACCAAUAAUUAGUGAUAGAUUCUUUGACUCUUCAAAAUUGCGUGCCAUUUUCAAUAAGCAGUGUGCCAUACAAUCUUGGUGCUGAAUCAGAUUGUUGCAUUAUUUUGAGUUUUUUUAUUUUGCUUAAAGAAAAACAAGGUGCAGAAUCCAAUAUUACCCUAGUCCUUGUUUGCAUAUGGCACAGUGCCAUUGGCAAACUUCUACUUCUUCUCCUAAGCAGUUGGAUUUCUCUUGGGUUUAGCAAGUAGGAGAUGUUAGUGAUCAGGAGCUGCCUCCGUUAAGCAGCUGUCAAUCCACUCAGAUGUUGAAAAAUUAAAUUAGGAGAAUUCGUUUUUAUUUUUUUUGAACAAGAGCCAGCAUCUGAAAAUGUAAUUAUCAGGUGAGUUUUUUUUUUUUAGUUAUACUGUGAACAUUUGGGCCUAGGAAUGUGAUAUAAAAUCUGUACUUACAUUUUCACUGGAAGGGAUUUGUAAUGUUCCUUCAGGAAGCAGGGGAAAAUAAAAAUGACAACAGGACCAGCAAACUGGUCAUUUGGGAUUGUUUGGGAGGUGGUGGAUAGGUUUUGCUGGUGCCAUCCCACUUCAGUUGAAUUUGAUUUCUGGGACAGUACUUUAGUUUUCCCCAUUCAGUUUUGCUUUUGCAGUGGAAAUAUGCAUUUGCACUGGGAAUAUGUGUAGAUUGAGAUGCAACAGAUCCUUUUGGAGUGUGCAUACAGAGCUGGUCUUGCAGUUAUUAACUCUGCCUUAUGUCUCAUGGUUAGGUCAUUCAGCCCUCAACCAUUCUGUACCAUAACCAAUUCAAACCAGCUCGUGUUUAUGAAAGAUUUGUGGACUUAUUCCUCCUAAAGUUUACAGAAAUAUUGGUGCUUUUAAUUAAGAUCAGCAUGAGCAGAGGUUAAGGAUAAAAAGUGAUUUUUAUUUUAAAAAUGACUUUUAAAAAAAUCCAAUAUGAGAAGGAGUUUCCGGCAGAAAUGGGUGCUAAAGGCUGAAUUAGUCUAACGGUGAUAAAACUCUAAUGGCAUUUGUAAAUAAAUUGGAUGCUGAACCUAGAAAUAUACUAAACACAUAGACAACAACUGAACUAUUGAUAUUAUGUUGAGCAUAUUAUUAUUGUUAAGGAAAUAACAGCCAGAUUUGCACAUGCAAUAUUUGUAUGUGUCAGAGAGGGUUGCAGUAAAAGGGAAAGGAUAUCACACUAGUGAACCACACUAAUUUUAUUUGUUGACACCAUGGCUACCCCAAAUAAUAACCCUUUGAGUGUCUAUUUUGGGUAACUUUACACAAAUCUCACAACUAUAUUUAGAAGUCAACUUUCAUCUGUGCCAAAUCUGAACAAGUCCUUACGGUAUUUCUGGAGCAUGGGAAGACUCAGUUAUCAGGGGUGUUUUAUAUGCAAACCAAGCAGGGCCAUGAAAACAGAUUUCGUUUUUUUUAAUUAUUAAGUCGAACUUUUAUGGAAUUUUUGGCAAGAAUUUAAAUGAAGUGAUUUAAUAUAUGUGAUUUCAAACAGAAGUGGGGUACUGGGGGUGCAGCAAGUCUUUUUUUGUGCAAAUAUAACUUGUCUUUUUGCAAAUUACUUUUAUUUCUCAUGCAGGAAGGAAAACAAAAUAUAAAGUAUCGAUAAGUAUACAGACUAUGUGCACAGUUUAUUUUUGCAUUUUGAAAUAGAGUGGAGAGAGAAUGCUUUAUGAAUCAUCGCUGUUCCAAUAGCAGUUACAUCUGCCUGAGUUGACAUGACAGCCAUUAGCACAAACAAAGUGUAUUAAAGAGAAAAAAGAAGCAAUGUGUUCGCUUUUACAGUAUGUAAAUAUAUGUCUGAUGUAUAAUAGAGAAAGAAAGUAUGUUUCCUUAGGAUAUGGGGGGUAUUAACAGGACGACUGUGUGUGUGUUAAUCUGAUACAGGUUACAGUUGCAGAGUUUUGUAACCAUGUAGGUUAGUUACAAAGCACCCAAUGACUCUCGUGUUUCCGAAAAUAUUUUGUGUUUCAUUUUGGAAAACUGGAACUAAUGUUUAUAUCAGAUUGUCUACGUGGAGCUGAAAAAGAGCAAUCCCUGUGUGCCAUGACAACUGAAAGCAUCUGGAAAAUGUGUAGAGAAUGUGAUCUCAGAGGAAGUUAAACGUGGAAACUGAAGACAAUUUUUUGACAUGGGAAUGGAAUUGUAUGAAGCUUCCAGUUUGCUUGAUGUCUGGCUCCUUGGCUAUCAGGCUCACAGCUCAGAUUCUUGUUUUGAUGUCUGUUCCAACAAUGUGACACCCAAUGGUUCUCCAUCUCCAGAAGUGUCAUUUGGAAGAGAAGAAGUUGACCAAGGGACAAAGUAUGGGUGGCGAGAGGAGAACUUGCCCCUGGACAUUUGUUGACUGAUGGUCAUUGACCACCCACCCCUCCCUCCCUUGAGUUGACAUGUUGAGCAAGGGGAGGAAGAGAUAGAUGUGAGGCUGCUGCACCUGAACUUUACAACAGCUUUUGCUGAGAGAAACUGGCACCUUCUUGAGGGUUUGGAGAAUCACUUCUUGAAAAAUUUCAGUAAAUGGGAGACGAUGA